AUGGCCACUGAAACACCCAAUGUUGUCGGCGCCAGUGUCCUCACUUCAGGAGAGAUUAACGUACCAACAGCCGAGAAGCCACUCCAAAAUGGCCCGAUCCUGGAGAAAGUUCAACAAGCCAACACCGACCAAAUUCGAAAAGUCCAGGUGAAAGAGUCCGGGUCAAACUUCAAUCGCCUGCGCACCCACCUCUCCAGUCCUAUCCGAGUCGAUAUAUUUGCUGAGAUCGAGCUUCUCAUUGUGAGCUUCUGCACCGGCAUUCAAGACGUGACCACAUUCCCAGACUACCACUGCUUUGCAUCCAACCAGACCGGCAUGUUGGCGCUCUCAUCUUCCUCGCCUUAG